AGACCUCUGGCUGCAGUGGUGUGAGUGGAGAUCUAGGAGGCGUAGCGAUAUUUGCUAAUUCUUCGAUCUUCAUUUCCUCGGUGAUUCUUAUAUAUUCUUAACUUCGUAGUUGUUCACAACAAAACAUGUAUACCCUGGGCCGCUUCGAAUGGAGCUACCGGAGCAGAAGUUGAAGAGCCGACGGCUGGCGCAAUAGUUUAACAUAAGACCCCUACUUAGUGUAGCUAGACGUAGAGAGCAGUAAGCCUGCUCAAGAUGGGUGGCACAGAGCGACGCAUGUUCGCACGGGUGGCGUCCCGCCUCUACUAUGGGAGGUUUAGCAAAUUGCACUGGUACUGAAAAAGUGGAUGAAUGGUAUCCGGGCGCCACCCCACCCCGGUCCGCCUUCUGUUCUUUUGGCGUUCUGGUUGGAGCUGCGUUCCGAACGUUAAAUUGCGGAAACAAGUGCCGAGCCAAUCAGUAAGAGCGGAUCGAGCAUCUUUCUCAGCUUCUUAGACUUUUCCCGCAGUCCGUAAACAAGACUAGGCUUAGGUCGCCCUCGGUGCCGUAAAUUGGAUGACUCGUGCCUCGCGUGCGACAUCUGGCCGGCGCAUCGACGUUCGUUCUCUUCCGAUAGGUGUAGAAUUGCUGGCCGAAUGUACGGCCUUAUGCUCCCCCAGUAUGUACUUAGUCGUUUAAUUGUUUAUACGAGCGAAGUGCGUAGUUGAUUAAAAGGGGGGCAGCAUAUAGUCGUAACGCAAAAAAAAUCAUUAUGUAGACUACGCCCGCAAGGGGAUACAGGGCUAGCGGUUUGAGCUUGAAUUUGAAUGAUGUAGAUGUAUUAGAAAGGCAAGCUUCAAGCUUAACUGCAACGAGAAAAGCCUGUUCUUAUGCACUCCCGAAAUCGGUCGGCAGGAUCUAUGAUCGGUUUCCACCAUGUACUAUGAUUUGGGUACGGCUAAGGAGCA